AUGGCACAGUUGGUGCAGCCUUCCUACGUGCGCGUGGCGGACUUGAGCUUGACACAGGAUGAGUUUGGUCGAAUCUUGAGGCGAAUUGGCUUGACGAGAGAUGAAGUGAAAGGCGCGCCAAGCAAGGACCUGCUCUUCUUGCUGCAUCAGAGGUUUUUCCAUGCGAUGCCGUUUGAGAACAUCGGCGUCUUCGAGGGAGAAGUUGUCUCCUUGGAUCUCAAAUCCCUGGUGGAUAAGAUGUGUGGACCAGAUGGAAACAGUCCCCGGGGCGGCUACUGCUUCGAGUUGAACAAGGUCUUUGCGGCUUUGCUUCUGCACCUUGGGUUUGAGGUUGAACCCAAAGGUUCGAGGGUUUUUCUGGAUGAUGGUGUGACUCCCAGAUUGCCAACGUAUCCACUCAUGACCCAUAUGGUACUAGUUGUGAGUGCAGGCGCACAGCUCUUUCUUUGUGAUGUAGCCUUCGGAAAAGUUGGUUUGGUGAAUCCGGUGCCGCUUGACUCUGCGAACACAGGCCCCUUCAAUGGGGGGCACUUCAGGUUGAAACUCGAGAGACAGACAUUUCGAAGUCGACACGCUUUUCAGUACGACAGCUACUUCUUGUGGUACACAGAAGAAGCUCACUCCGAGACUUCAAAAUGGACGCGCGGCUACUCCUUCGUGCCGGUCCAGGACUUCGAUUUUAUGGAUGCUUUGCCGUGCAACUUGCAGGUUCAUGGCUACUUCGAGAGCCCCUUCACGCAGCGACUCUGGUGUGAGAAGCGUUCCCAAGAAGCCCACGUGCGCAUUUUGGGAAAGCACUUUCUUGAGAAAACCUCCGAAGGAACGGUUCAGAGAGAUAUCGACACGGCCGAAGAGCUGCAGGCGUUACUGCUGCAUCAUUUCAGGCUGUCCAUUUCGAAAAGCAUGUGUCAGCACAUGCUCGGAGUCGGAACAGCUGCAGCUUCGGAAGACAAGUGGCGUCGAUUAGUUGCUGCACGAGCCGGUGCUGGCUCUGCAAACAGUCAAUCCCGACUUGUCCUUGGUAUUGCCUUUUCUUUAGCUGCGCUUGCUCUGGUUGGCUGGAUGAAGCGACCGUAG